ACAACACAGAAAUGAAAAAUAAAGUUUCUGGCUUAAUUAGGUUAAUGUUAUUAAUCCCUAUGUAAUUUUUUCGACACUUUUAAAUUCCAAUUGUAUAAAUACAGUUAUUUUGUGUAAUAGAACAAGAAAAGUGACAACAAAAAUAACUGAACAAAGAUGGAUAGCAUCAAAUGUGAAAAAUGUGGAGAGAUGGAUAUGGAGGAAGAUCAGAUCUGUCAUUCAUGUGGCUUCUGUGUUGAUGAGUGGACUUUUCAAACAGAUGUUUUCCUGCCUAAAGAGCAACGGAAGUCAUCAGCACACAAUGGUUUUGGUCCACCACGUUUAUAUUUAAAAAAUAAAAAAUCUAAAUCAGGACUGCAAUCACCAUCUUUCAAAUAUGGAAUGGAUGUUCUAGAAAAUUUGUGCCGUAUUUAUACUAUAACUAAAGAGCAACAAACCGAUAUUGAGUCUUUAUUUCAAGGUGCAUAUUUUGCAAGGAAUUACAGACAUCGCAAGGCCAUUGAAGCGAUGGUGGGGUGUUGUGUGAAUCAGGUAUUAAACAUUAACAAUGUGUCUGCAUCUCUGACCGAUUUGUGUUCAAAAUUGAAAUGUGAUAAAAAAACAUUUUUCCGCAGCAAGAGGUAUUUUGAUAAUUGGUACACCCAUAGAAGUGUUAAUGAAACUUCAAGUGGUGCUUUAUCAACACCUGAUAGAAAAUUUCAAGAGCUUAUAUUGCCUACUUCAGUUGAAUCACAUGUUUACUCCCUAUUUAUUAAUUUAAAUGAUAAAGAUAAACCUGUUUUAGUAGAGAAAACUAAGCAGUUGGUAAAAUUGGCAAAUGCUUGUUGGUUGUGUGAAGGGAGAAAUCCCUAUAAUGUAGUUGUAGCUUGUGCCUUCCUUUGUUGGAAAUCUCUUAAUCUUGGACGUAGAAGAACAACUUUUCAGGAAUUUUACUCAGAAUUAUCGUUAAGUGGGCCAAGUAGGGCAUCCAAAGCCUAUGAUGCUAGAAUUUCAGAAAUCACUAAUGUACUACUAAAACUUGGAGGCAAAAUUCCUACUUAUUCUAAUAAUAGUAUUACCAAAAAGAAUGUGUUAUAUUAUUUAGAUUAUAUCCUGGAAAAUUUUGAAACAUUAUGCAAUGAUUUGUUUAAAGUUAUGAGUCAAGAAGCUAUGGAUCAAGAGAAAUACACCAUGUUUAGAAAUAAGCCUAGUAAGAAAACAUUAACUGCUCCUCCUGAAAGCAUUGAAGAAUAUGACUCAGAUAAAGAAGAAGAACCUUUAGACGAUGAGGAAAUUUCAAGUUAUCUACUUACAAGCAAGCAAAAAACUGUGAUCGAUAGAAUAUUGGCUUUAAAAUGAUGAGCUGACUACAACGUUAAUAUUUGGGUCAGAAGCAUUGAAAAAAAAAGCCUGCUAUUAAAAUAAAGGACGAAAUCACAAAGAAAAAAAUAUAUAUACAUGCGUCAACUUAUAAGUGCAGUAUGAAAUAGGAGAAAAAGUCUUAGAUAUUCAUUUUUUAAGACUUUCCAUUAAAAUUUCUUAAGCAAGAAAAAUAUUGGUGUAGGAAAUUAGUUUCCAGGAUUUUAUGAUCAUGGAAGAUAUGCCAGAAGACUAACACUGUACUUUUAUUGCACUCAUAACCUAAUUGUAUGUUUAAUUACAUUCUUAAGCAUUUAAAGUUUUAAAGAUGUAGACGAUUUCAAGGAAAUUAAUAUUAAAAUUUUUUCAGGGAAUAACAACAAAACAGUUGAGAAACAUAUUUUUAGUUAUUGACUUCAUUGACCUCGGAGACAAAGACCCCCUCCCAAACCAAUCCACUUCUAUCUUUUCCAUCACUGCAUGUUUGCAUUUAAAUAAUUAAUAACUCUGAUAAAGAAAGUAAUAGCAUAAGUUAAAAUAAUGCUAUAUAAAUAUCCUAUAAAUCUGUAAAAUAUUUGUCAAAAUUAAUUUUAAGAAUUACUGUUGCAGUUUCAAACAAUUAUUUUUUUCAAAUUUUUGUUUCAAAAGUUAGUAUUAUUUCAGUAGCUUUGUGUUUUGAAGUUCGAAUUCUGAUUUUACAUUCUAUUUUCUUUCUUUUUUGUGGGGGAAAACACUUUAAUUUUGAGCAAUUUAUGAUAUGAGUUAUUCUCUGAUGUUUAAAAUCUAAAUGUUGUAAAAUGUGUUUUUAUGAAUUACGUUCUGUGGGUUCUCUGUUUAAUGACGAUCUAUUUAAUGACUUUCUUUAUUUAAAGAUGCAUUCUACUUAAGAACGAUUUUUUGAGGCACCUUGAAAGUCGUUAGCUAGAGAAUCAACUGUAUUUAUUUAUUCAAGUUGCCAAUGUAUUUUCACAAAAAGUUACAAUUCCAAUAAAAAAAUUUUGUAACAUUUAAUCAGCCAUGAGUUUUGCUACAUGUAUUGAUGUUUCUUAGUUUAGUGCAAGACUUGUAAACUCUCUAUAAAGUAUAAACUCCAAAAAGUGUCUGUGUUAAGCAGCAAGUUACCGUAAGCCAGGGCUAAAGCAAAACUAUGCAAUAUACAGACAUCCGGUUAUUACGGAUCCAGAAACUGCAGUUUUGUCCUUGUUAUGGACCAAUCAGUCUAGAAUAGUGAAUAACUGAGCUGGAGGCAGAUAUAAUCUCGUUGAAGCCAAGAAUGCCAACAAACUGGUAGAUAAUGUAUGUUUAUCUCACACAGUCUGCAGCAUGCUUCAGUUCAACUCUUAAAGACAAAACUUAGGUAUUAGGCAGUAAGCCCAUAAGCCAACCUUAGCCCUGGCUUAUAAUACCUUCUAUAAUAUCUAUAUAAUAUCUUCUAUUUUAAUGUUUUCUUUGACCCCCUACUUUUUUGGUGUAGCAGCUGCCUACGGUAAUUGACCCCAUAUGCUAAUUACUGUAUUUAUCCUAUGCUUAAGAAAAUUUUAUUAAAUAACUCAUCCUAUUUCAAUAAUAUGUUUUCCUUCCAAUUCCCAUGCAUUUUGGAACUUUGUGAUCCAGGCCAAUUACUUUGUUACUCGUAGUACUAACCAAUGUAAAAAAUAGGCCAAUUAUUAUGCUUCUUUCAGUUGGAGCAUAUUCCUCAACAUUUCUUAAAAACUGAGUUGAAUUUCAAAAUAACUCAAUUUUAUAUAAGAAAAAAAAAGAGAAGUUUUAAUGUAACCAAGCAAAAAAAAAAAAAAAAAAAUCAGCAUAUUUCAAUACAAAAAAUGAAAACCCUCAUAAUUCUCUCAUGAACAUUCAUAAUCAUGAAAGAAAAGAAGAAAAGAAACCAUAACUCUUAACCACUGCCUAAGCAUACUUCCUUGCAUCGCCACAAGGAAAGUGAUAACUCAAAAAUUUAAAAACCUACUAGCUAUUGAUUUAAAAUUUAAAUCUCUUUCUUGCCACUAAACUCCCAUAAAGUUAGCUUACAUAACUGCUGCAUGGUGGUGUAAAAAUGAUAUAAUCAACAGUGACACAUCAUUUAAAAUUUCAUACUUUAGAAGUAAAAUUUUCGAACUUCUAUUUUUCAUUAUUAAUCUAGACAACAAAAACUAACCAGUGAACAUCACAUUAUAAAUUUUUUGCACUUAUUGUAAUAUUUGAGACAAAAUCAUUUAAAAAUACUACUGCAUAAAACCUUGAUUUUUUCCAUUGCUGGGUUUUUGUUUUCGAGUUGUGUCACUUUUCUUUUCGGGGUGGGAUAUGAUUACAGUGGAGUCCUGUCUUACGCGAGGGAUGCGUUCCAGGACCCCUCGCGUAAGUCGAAAUUUCGCAUUGUGGAAAAGGGUAUGCGUAAAAACUUAAUAAACAUACCCAUAUAGUUAAAGACUCUUGUAAAUACCACCUCAAACUGUUGAAAACCAUUUCUUAACUAUACAUUACUGUUUCUCACAUAAAAAACUGAAUUUUUAUUUGCGUUUUAAAACAAAAAACUGUUUUAUUCAACAUAAAAAACUGCUACGAUGCACAAAAUCAAUGAUCAAUGGGGAAGAAAGACGUAAAAUAAACCACUACGAUACAUACAUUAUGUAGUAAGAAAAACAAAUGCACUAGUUGUACUGUACAAUAGAUCCAGUAAUGAUAUUUAACUUAAAAAAGCGCAGAUGGUGAUUUUAUGCAGCGUGAUCAAACCGUUAUUCUUAUGUAAUUUUAAAUGCACAAUAAAGUUGCUUUACCAGUUCUUUCAUAACGUUUCCAUUCUUCCUGGUUUCUUAAAUUCACAAUACAAAAGCAGCUUCCAUUUUCAAAAUUUUUGCAUUUUGCUUAGAAACUACUCUGUGAACUUUUAUGGAUUUCCUUUCCUUCCUUUUUAAUUGCAGAUAUGAAAAAUUCACCCAUACCUAAUUGUCGUGCUACAUUUAACGCAUUUUAUAGUUGUUCAAGCACAUAAUCUUUA